AUGGCGCUGCUUCCGGCCAGUUCUCCGGACGAGCGGCUGCUGGCGAAUCUGGACAGCAAUGACGCGGACACGCCGUCGGACGCGCCCCAAACGUCCGGCAAGAAGGGCGAAGAGUCUGUGAUCACGCAAUUCAUGGGCAAUGCAAAGGGUGCAGGGUCUACGAGCGUGGCGCAGAUCCGCGCCAAGAUGGGGGAACUAGCGGCGGCGGGGCAGGGCGACGGGGCCCAGUCGCGCAUCUGGAAGUCGAUACUGUGCUGCCUGCGGCCGCAGGGGGAUGAGGAACUGAAGAAGGCAGGGCUGAAGAAGGAGGGCGCGGCGGAGACCAGGCCGGAACCGAGGCGGGUGAUGCAUCCAGUCCGGCGGCCGGUGCGGUGCGUGCUGCCGGCGGUGAGCAAGGCGGACGGCGGCAAGAAGUGCCUGGUGCUGGACCUGGACGAGACGCUGGUGCACAGCAGCUUCAAGCCGGUGGCCAACCCGGACUUCAUCAUCCCCGUCGAGAUCGACAACCGCAUCACCGACGUGUACGUCCUCAAGCGGCCCUUCGUCGACGAGUUCCUGCAGGCCAUGGGGCAGAAGUACGAGGUGGUGGUGUUCACGGCCAGCCUGAGCAAGUACGCGGACCCUCUGCUCGACCUGCUGGACCCGCACCAGACCAUCCGGCACCGCCUCUUCCGGGAGCACUGCUGCCCGUACGAGGGCAACUACGUCAAGGACCUGAGCGUGUUGGGCCGCGACUUGGCCUCCACGAUCAUCAUCGACAACUCGCCCCACAGCUACAUCUUCCACCCGGAGAACGCGGUCGCCAUCAGCACCUUCAUCGACGAGCCGGAGGACUGCGAACUGAUGGAGCUGAUUCCCUACCUGAACGCGGUUGCUGACGUCGACGACGUGCGACUAGUCCUCGCGGGCGCCCAGUAG